CUGGGACGGCCUCAGUGGGAACCCAUAGAUCCAUGCUCUGGGUGACCCUCUACCCCGUGUUCCAGGUGUCCCUGUCUGAGGUCCCCCAUGUCCCUGAUCCCAUUACUUUAGGUAUUCCUGCCCCAGGUGCCCCUCUGACUCCCAGGUGUCCCUGUCUCAGAUCUCCCUGUCCCCACGUGUCUCUGUUCCCACUAUCCCAGCCUCCCAGCUGUCCUUGUCUGUGCAUGUCCCAGUCCCAGGUGUCCUUGUUCCAGCUGUGCUGUCCCCAGGUGUCCCUGUUCCUCAUGUCCCUGCUGUUGCUGUCCCCAGGUAUCCUAGGCCCAAGUGUCCCUGCCCCACAUGUUCCUACUCGUCUUAUCCUAUGUGUCCUCAUCCCACAUGUCCUGUCCCAGGUGUCCCAGGUGUCUCAGUCCCAUGUGUCCCUACUCCCAGUAUCCCACAUGUUCUUGUCCCAGGUUCCUUAUCACUCAGAGUCCCCAUUCCCAACCUUCCAGGUCACCCAGGUGUCCCAGCAUCAGGUGUCCCUAUCCCAUCCCAGCAUCCCAGUUUCCAAUCAUCCAGGGUCCCAAGUGCUCCUGAUCCAGGUGUUCCAGGUGUCCCAACAUCCCCCAAUGUCCCUGUUUUCAGUCUUCCAGGUGUUCCUGUUCCCAGUGUUACAGCUGUUCUUAUCUCCUGCUAUCCCAGAUCCAGGUGUCCUGACCCAGGUGUUCCAGCCAUCCUUGUCCAUCCCUGCUCCCAUCCCACUGGGACCCCCCAUCUCUCCCACCCCAACUCCUUCAGCUUGCAGGUUGUUGGCCAAUCACCCCAGAACCCCCCCCCAAAAAGUGCCCCCAGAAGAAUGGCCAUGUGGUUGGGUGCCCUCCUGGACACGCUGCCCACCCCAGCGCUGACCAUCGACCGCACCGUGGCGCGUCGCAAUGCUGAACGCAUGCGUGAGCGCUGCCAGACCUUGGGAGUCCGCCUACGACCCCACGUCAAGACCCACAAAACACUGGAGGGCGGUUUGUUGGCCACCGGCGGCACGCGCCGCGGCAUCGUCGUCUCCACGUUGGCCGAAGCUCGUUUCUUUGCUGACGGUGGCUUUGAUGACAUCCUGCUGGCCUACCCGCUGCCCACCACAAGGCUGGAGGAGUGUGCAGGGCUGGCUCAGCGCCUCGAUGCCUUCCACGUGCUGCUGGAUCACCCCGAGGCGUUGGCCAGCCUACAGCGGCGGCCACUGGCGCAUGGCAAGCGUUGGCUCGUCUGGCUGAAGCUCGACUGCGGCAAUGGCAGAGCUGGAAUGCGCCCGACAGACCCCGCUGCCCUGGAGCUGGCCCGGGCCAUUGCCAACGAUGCACCCGAGGAGGUGACAUUGGUUGGGGUCUACGCGCACUGUGGGAAUACCUAUGGCUGCAGUGGGGCAGAUGCCAUCCAAGGCAUUGCCAGGACCACCACCAACGCUGUCCUCAGAUUUGUGGCUGCGCUGCGGGAGGCCGGUGUGCCCUGUCCCCAUGCCAGCAUCGGCUCCACUCCCUCCUGCAGCCACCCCAUUCCUGAGAUGUCCCAACUCACCGAGCUGCACCCGGGCAACUACAUCUUCUACGACCUGCAGCAAACACAGCUGGGCUCCUGCCAGCCCCAGGAUGUGGCCAUCCGUGUCCUCACGCGGGUUAUUGGGCACUACUCGCACCGCGGGCAGCUGCUGGUGGAUUGUGGAUGGGCAGCGCUCAGCCUACAUGGGGCAGGAGCAGGGCAGGGACCUCAGGGCUGUGCUGUCAUCGAUGGGCACCCGGAGCUGCGGCUGGUGGGGCUGACGCAGGAGCACGGGCUGCUGGAGCACACUGAUGGGCAGAUGGAUUUCGGGAGGUUCCCUGUUGGCAGCGUGCUGGCCCUCAUCCCAUACCACGCGUGUGCCACAGCGGCCAUGCACCCUGUGUACUACGUGCAUGAGGAGGGGAAGGUGGUGGCCCUGUGGCACCCUGUGCGUGGCUGGUAGAGCCCCAUCACACUGCUCAUAAUGGGGUCCCAUGCCCAUGAUGAGGUCCUAUACCCAUAACGAGGUCCUGUGCCCUUGAUGAACCUCGUGGCCAUCAUGAGAUCACGCAGGCAUCCUGACAUCCCACGAGCAUCACAUGAAGCCACGAUGAGACCCUACACCUACUGAGAUCCUAUACCUGUGCUGAGAUCCUAUAUUUGUGCUGAGAUUCUGCACCCUCUUCCUCAGGAGGGGUCAAUAAAAGUCACUUCUCCCAUUU